CAAGAAUCAACCGAGAUCCUCUGCGAAGUACUUAUGCUUGUCAGCAAGACAACCAUUGAAUUGUUGCCAAAUACGUCAGUCAGAAACUCUCGUCUCGGACAUUACCAACCAUCCAUUUGCACGUCAGCUUGCACGCCCACAGCCAGAUUGCGCGUGGCCUGUAUUUGGAAGACCCCUUCGAGAAGGUGUUUGCACCCUCAAUCUCAACUAGGCUUGUCCGUGCACACCCGUCAGCAAUUGAUUCAUUGAAACCACAUGCGGUCACUACGCUGCUUGCGUGCCGCUUUUGGCCCUCGAGCCGUGGUGCGUCACCUUACCUCAUCGUCAACGUUGGCAAGUCCUCCGACGAAACGGAAGCAUCGGUUAGGGCAGACAAUGUCCCUGGAACAUGUGAGUCUCCUUCGCAUCUACCUAUCGUCGGACAGAACCUCCCGUCCUGGCCUGUUUGUUCAACGGUCCCGGGCUUUGGCAUUGUACAGAACAAUAUGUCGCGGUUGCAGCCGGAUACAGGACCCUACGACAAGGCGCGAGACGCAAGGUUUUGCGCGUGCAGAGUUUGAGCGGCACCGCAGCGUGUCGGACCUAGGACACAUUCGGUAUCUCCUGUCAACAGGCAAGACUGAGUGGGAUGGGAUGCAACGAUAUAUCGGGUCAAUGUGAGAUCCGAGAUGCUGUGCACGAGAGGGAUGAAGAUAUCAACCAGGCACACGCAAUGGACAUUUUUCUUCAUCUCCCACAGUAGGAAUUGAUGGAGGCAGCGGUGCCGUGUUGUACAUGUAUAUUUUGUAUGGUACAAGUUCUA